AUGCCGUUGGUGCCCGCAGAGCUUGCAUGUUGUCGUUGGAUUAUGUCACAAUAUUUGGCGUUCGUGUAUCGUAAGAGUUCAUGCGAAGAUCAUAUGUACGUGAUGAAAAAAUAUCAUGAGAUGCCAUUAGCAACGCUAGGCACUAGACUAGAAUUAUGCAACAUCUAA